AUGAUGGGAUUUUCGUUACUACCGCGCUGCUUUAUGCCAGAUUUUACCUGGCCAAAUCACAUCUCACCUACAGUGACCAGCAAAAUACCAGAAACACCUCGCGCGACCCACCCUAAAGUACGCCAAUUAUGGGGCAUUAUCCACAAAUAUCUGAGAUUGUUCUCUGAGUCUUAUUGUCGCUGGGUUGGGGCUACUUUUGAUAAUCAGAUUGCUCAGCUUCCAUUUGGGCUGAUUCUGAAGUGGUCCGAUGGUACUCGGUUAGAAGAAGUCUUGACAAUGGAGGUUGCCAGAAGAGCAGGUCUCCCAGUUCCGAAGGUGAUCUGCUAUGGAGACCAUCCAGAUACUCCGCAUGCUCCAGUAUCAAUUCUGAUGACUCGUAUCCCUGGUGAUGAACUUGGCCGAGUUUACAAAACACUAAGCGACACUGAACGAGAUUCGAUCCAAUUGCAAUUAAAGGGUUAUUUGGAAGCAGUCCGGAGAUGGAAAAGUCCGUGGGGGGAGAACAGAAUUUGCUCUUUGGUGGGCACAGCUAUUAGAAGCGUCCGUGUACCUAAUCAUCUUGUUGGCCCUUUUGAGUCAGAACAAGAGUUCAAUGAAUACCUCCGGAGCACUGCCUGGUCAGGCGGAUUCCCAUCAGAAACAGAAUACAAGGAUGCACUUGAUUGUGCCAGAAAAAUGGAUCUGAUGCCUCAUCGUAUUGUUUUCACACACGGCGACCUCAAGCACCAUAACAUCCUUGUACAAAAUGGACAAAUUACAGGCUUUUUGGACUGGGAGUCGGCGGGCUGGUGCCCUGAGUAUUGGGACUUUACCACAGCACUCAGGUUCAUUCCGAAAGAUUACUGGUGGUACAACUUUGUGAUAGGGCUUGGGGGCGGCCCAUACAUGGCAGAACUGGAUUGUGAACGGGCGUUGACUUCUCUAACAGUUGAUUCGUAUUCCUGGUGA